AUGUUCGGCAACCGCAGGGAAGACAAGAAGCGGAAGCCUUCGCGGGACUUUCCGGCACACGCGCAGGUGCCUGUAGGCAAGGUCCACCCCAAUGGGGUCUCCUCGAACGUACGCGUGGAGCUCAAUACCACAGCGCCGUCCGUGCCGCCCAUGCACGACCCGUUCCACAUUCUCAACUUCGAUAACGAAGACAGCAAUCGCCGCUCCAUGCCUCGCACAGGCUCCGCCAUGUCCGUGGAUUCGGUAUCCUCCGUUCUAUCAGUAGACGAGUCGUUCCAAUUUACAGGUGACGGCGAGGAAGACGAGGAAGAUGUGACGAAACUACCGAAAGACCAGCGACCCGCUCAGCCAGCGGACGAGCGCGAGUACUUUGAGCGGAUGUGGGCCGAGAACUUCAAGAACUCGGAGGCGCAGGUCAACAGCACGACGGGCUAUCUACCCGUGGGCGCUGCGGGUCGGUUGAACCGUAUAAAGGGGUUCUCCUUUGCUCGGGACCAGGUGUCACACAAACUUUACGCGGUUUUCCGUCUGGAGAUCGAGUGUAUCGUGAGCGAGAAGCAGUGGACCAUUUAUCGUCGCUUCCACGACUUCAAGCAGCUCGCGCACCAGCUGAAAAACGAAUCCGUGCGGGUUUCCGCAGUGCCGACGCGGACGCUGAUGCGCUCGUUGGACCCGAACUUCCUUCGCAAACGCCAAUUGGAGCUGGACAGAUGGCUACGCGAAGUGCUGAUGCUCAUCAGCAUCGAGAACUGCAAAGUGGACUCGGACAGACACAACGAAUGCUGCGGAAACCGCGGCUUCCACGCCAGUGUGCGUCUUAUCCGCCAUUUCCUCACGCACAAAGCCAACGAGCCGCCGGUGUUCGAGGAAUCUGCCGCGUCGUCGUCGGGCUCGAAUGUUUUAUCCAACUCUUCCUGUGGAUUCUCGUUUUCAAGCUCUGGUUCGGGACGUCCGCCGCUGUUCAGCACGUCAGAGCAGAAGACUGACUCCGAGUCGAUGUCGUAUGAGGUCGAGGAAGGCGGUGGGAGCUCACGCGGUCGGAGGAUUCGAGUCGGCUCGGCUGAUCAGCUUGCUACGAGCUCUCGUGGAGGUAGAAUCCGUGUGGACUCAACCGAGUCAAAUAGUUCUCGUGGAGGUAGAGCACGCGGAGCCUCAGCAGACCACGGAUCCAGCUCACGUGGAGAAAGAGCUCGUGUGAAGUCGGUACCUAAAGAGGAACCCAUGAAUGAUGGUCGGGAGGCUCCUUUUAACGCAUCCACAGUGGCAGAGCAGCGACGAAGUGUGAUUCUUCAGGAUGUUGACGACGAAGAAGAAGAUUUCGACGAACUCAGCUCUCGACGGGGGAGUAACAAGGUGUCGCUGAGGCACUUUGACGUGUUGCGUAUGAUCGGCAAAGGGUCGUUCGGCAAGGUGUUGCUGGUGCGAAAGAAGCACUCGUCCCAGUUGUUUGCCGUCAAGAUUCUGAGUAAACCGGCGAUUGUGAAGAAGCAGCAAGUAGAGCACACAAGGACAGAACGUCGCGUGUUGGCCUCCGUGUCACACCCGUUUGUGGUGUGUCUGCACUAUGCGUUCCAGACAAAGGACAAGCUGUAUUUCGUACUCGAUUACUGUCCAGGGGGGGACUUGUUCUUCCAUCUCAGUCGCUGUGGCUGCUUCCCCGAGGCCAUGGCCAAGUUUUAUGCCGCCGAGAUCGUGCUAGCGCUCAUCCAUCUACACGAGCAGGGCAUUGUAUAUCGAGACUUGAAGCCGGAGAACAUUAUGUUGGAUGUGGAUGGCCACGUCAAGCUCGCAGACUUUGGGUUGGCCAAGGAGGGGAUUACUAGUGAACUCAAUGGGACGUACACUAUGUGUGGUACACCCGAGUACUUGCCACCGGAGAUUCUUAACCGAGCUGGUCACGGCACAGCUGUGGACUGGUGGAAUCUGGGGAUGGUACUUUACGAAAUGCUCACGGGAAGGCCGCCGUGGUACACACAAGACCGCCAGGAGCUGUUCAAUCGUCUACGUGGAGCGGAGCUUGAGUUCCCGCAGGGUUUGACGCCUGAGGCGAUGAAUUUGAUCGAGGGACUGCUGAUGCGCGACCCGGCCAAGCGUCUCGGAGCGAUUGAUGUCCGUGAGAUCACGUAUCAUCCGUUCUUUGCCGAGAUUGACUGGAACCUGCUAUAUAAUCGCCAGGUGCAGCCGUUGUAUCGCCCGUGUCAGUACACGGACCCAAUUGAUGCUGCGAAUUUCGAGGAGGAAUUUACCAAGUUGCCACUCGCGCAAAUUGAUAGCGCGGGUCUCAGUGUUGCGACUAGUGAACUGCAAGAGAAGAGAGGCGACGAUGGAGCUUCGGGAAGAGAUCCGGCUGACAACGUGGCUGCUGCUGCGGAGGCCGCAGGGAUUGGAGCAGGGGUGCCGAAUGGCGUCGCUGGCAGCUCGGGUACGAGCAUCAUCAGCAGCGAGCGCAACAGCACGCUACGGAACCUGUCGUACACUUUUGCCGGCUUCACGUACGAUGGCUCGAACCCGUCCAUCGGGAGAUCUGGCAGCUUCACGCAAUCAUCAAGUUACAUGAACGGCGAAUGA